AUUGCAGUUACACUGUAUACAAUUGGGAACUAACUUCCAAUUAUUAGUUGCAAUUUAUCUGUUUAAACAAAAGAGAUUAACGAUCUGUUUAAAUGCAAUAUCAAUGGCUUUCAAAUUGAUAAUAUUGAUUUAACACACUUCCAGUGAUAGCUAACAUAUGUGAAUUGAAUUCACGACUUAUGUAUGAAUUGAUGGAUAAAAUUAUAUGUCCUGUCAGUGUAUUUUUACUUGUGAUUACUUCUGCCAACAAAUCAGAAAGAGUUUAUGAUUUUAUCAGUGAGGAAGAUGUGAAGGGAUAUUUGAUACAAGAGACUAUUGGGUUUCGAACAUUUCAGCAGAUGAGUAAUCCACAAUACAGAGAAUAUGAAAAUGGUUUCCCACCUGGUAUUUAUGGGUCUUCUAUUAUACCUACUACUAUAUGGUAUCAUUACUGGAGUCAGGAUACUUAUGAAGAUAUGUUUCCGCAUAAUGGAAAUAUGUAUUUAGCUGAUGUGAAUUGGCCUCACAUUGUCACAUUAUGUGAUGAAACCAAACAUCCAAGAUGUUCAUGGGCCUAUUUUUUAGCAUUGAUGCAACCUACUUCUCAUAAUCCACACUUGCUAAAACAAAUAUUUGGUGAAGAGUUUGAGAGAUCAUCAAAUAAACACUUCAUUACACCAAUUAUACGUGGUGGAUGUUAUCGUUUAAGGACGAUAGAUCAAAUGAGUUUAAUAUACAUAUAUACCAUAUGUCAUCUUUAUGGUGAGAUGAAGGAAGCUAUUCCUGACUUAGAAGUAUGUCCAAAUCCAUGUAAGCGAAGACCUUGUCAUUAUAUUCGAAAUGCAGUUGGUGGUUCUUGUAAACGUCGUGGCUAUCAUAAAGAUGAUUAUGAAUGUUUAUGUGAAUCAGGAUAUAAAUGGGAAAAGGACUUAUUAUCGUGUACCAUAAUUGAUACAUGCAAAUUGUUUUGUAAUCAUGAGACGACUGAAUCUUGUUUUCUUAAUCAAACAACAGGUGUAGCUACAUGUAUUUGUAAAACUGGUUACACCGGAUAUGAUUGUAAUCAACCAUUCGACGCUUGCAUAUUUGAUACAACUUUGAAAAUGAAUCCGUUAGACGCUAUUCCAUAUAUACCAUCAGGAUAUGAAGCAUGUGGAGUUCUGUUAAAUCCAACUAAUAAAUGCAAUUCAAUGAAUGAUAUGUUAACUUACAAUUGUACGUGCAGUAUAGGAUAUACAAGAGAUUUGUCUUUACCAUAUGAUAACUGUUUGAAACAAAAAGAUGGAUGUGAUACACGUUUAUGUUUGCAUGGUGAAUGUAUAAGUUCAAAAGAUCUUACUAACAGUGUCUGUGAUUGUGAGGAAGGAUAUAGAGGCGAAAAAUGUGAUAUACCUAGAAGUAUUUGGUCAGAUUGGUCAGAGUGGACAUUUUGUGAACAGGAUUUCGGAUCUACUGGACAGAGUACAAGGAUACGUUUAUGUUUAUAUGAAAAUGAAGAGGAUUGUGUGGGUGAAUCAGAACAGGUACGAUUAUGUGAACCAAAUAUAACUUUUACACAAAAUGCAUCUAUUUCAGAAAUAACAUGGAAUGAUUUUACACAAUGGAGUGAAAACGCAAUGCUAUACACUUUGGUUUAUGUGGGAUUCGUAGCUAUAUUAUUGAAAUUCCUAAAUUUGUAUAAGCACCAUUGUUCACAUUUAAACAAGACGUUAUGAUAUAUCUCAAGUGUAUUCUUUACUGUAUUAAUCAAAACGUUAAAUCUAUUAUUCAGAAAAAGACAGUAAAUCAAUGAGUUACAAGUUAAAAGUGCUCAAAUAAAUAAAAGAUAUAAACCAUUCUAACCAUCAGCUUAUUCGCAGAGAUAUAAUUAUUAACUAAAAUGUACCACUGAAAUUUCUUUUCACUUGAAUUUAUUUUAUAGAUAAUCAGAAUACUAUUGUACAAGUUUAUAAGUAAUAAUAGUUAGUUAUUACAGUUUUUUUCAACAAGUCAGUUGUACGUUUUCAAUAUAAAUAGUGGUUCAGUAUAAAAGACAAAUAAAUGAG